AUGUCUUGCACGGUGGCCAUCCCGAGCUCGCCAGUCUUCUCGCCCUCACGCCGCCCGCUCUCCUGCAAGGCCGCUUCCGCCUCGCCGGAGCCCGCCGUCGCCGUCGCCGUCUCCGCCUCCUCCACGGCGCCCGCGCCCGCCGCCGCCGGCUCGCCGCUCCGCCCCUUCGCGCUCCGCGCGCUGCUCCGGGAGGAGGUCUCCCCGUCUCCGUCGCCCCAGCCGCCCUCCGCCGCCGCGGUGGCCUCGGCACCUACUGGGGCCGUGCUGAAGCGGCGGCGACCGGCGCCGCUCGUGGUGCCGGCGUCCGGCGCGGCUGCUGCUGCUGCUGCGGCGGCGGCGGUGGCCGCUGUGGAGGCAGAUCCGAGGAACGAGGUGGAGGAGGAGGGGGAGGAGUUCGCGGCGUACUGCCGGAGGGGGAAGGGGAGGAGAAGGGUGGAAAUGGAGGACCGGCAUGUGGCCAAGGUCGCUCUCGGCGGAGAUCCCCAAGUGGCGCUGUUUGGUGUAUUCGAUGGCCACGGCGGGAAAAACGCGGCAGAGUUCGCUGCUGAGAACUUGCCCAAGUUUAUUGCCGAGGAGUUCAAGAAGGUAAACGGCGGAGAGAUCGAAGGAGCUGUGAAAAGGGGUUACCUCAAGACGGACGAGGAGUUCCUCAAGAGGGACGAGAGCGGGGGCGCGUGCUGCGUCACAGCCGUUCUCCAAAAGGGUGGACUGGUCGUCUCCAAUGCCGGAGACUGCCGUGCGGUGCUCAGCCGAGCAGGGAAGGCAGAGGCGCUCACCUCCGACCACCGGGCCUCCCGGGAGGAUGAGAAGGAGAGAAUAGAGAAUUUGGGUGGAUUUGUGGUGAAUUACCGUGGAACAUGGCGAGUCCAGGGCUCCCUGGCAGUGUCUAGGGGCAUUGGGGAUGGACAUCUAAAGCAGUGGGUUGUGGCUGACCCAGACACCAGGACGCUCCUGGUUGACCAGCAGUGCGAGUUCUUGAUACUUGCUUCUGAUGGCCUCUGGGAUAAGAUCGAUAAUCAGGAGGCAGUAGACCUUGCACGACAUCUCUGCAUUAACAACGACAAGACCUCUCGCAUGGCUGCCUGCAGGAUGCUCACUGAGACGUCGAUUUCCAGGGGCUCAACUGAUGAUAUCAGUGUCGUGAUCGUGCAGUUGCAGAAAUUUUCAAGUUCCUAA